UCUUCGAUCAACAGUUUGCGUAAACCAUAGACUUGCGUAAACACAAAUAACAACACUUUGGGAUUUAACAUUAACCUCAAAUUUUACGGAUUGGUGAUCAUCGGUAAUUGGACGAUGCGAUUGUGUAUUUUGUCAAAUACGGCAACGAUAACGUGGCCGGAUAAACCGCUGCCAAAAAUAACCAGCCCCGUCUUCGCAACCGAAUACGGAUCUCAGUGGCUUGAUCAAGUUAGAUGGGGAAAAUUUGACCGAUUGUGAAUGGAACAAAACAAAAUUUUAUUAAAUAUACCCUAAUACGUGGAAACGCAAAUGUCGAACAUGAGGACUUUCAUUAUAAAAGUAAAUGAGACUGAUAACGUGACGCUGGGCGAUAAUGAAGAGUUUAAAGAUUUGACGAAAAAAUUGGACGAUAAUGAUAUCCACUUCGAUGUGACGUCUAUUGAGAAAAAACUGCUGACUGAAGAUUCAGUUGUUGCCGACAACCAAAACAUAGAUAACACAGAGGUCGAGGAUGAGACUGUUGAAUUUGUACUGCCAGAUUUACCAGAAUCCGCAGCUUCGAUUAGCAAAGAUUCCAAUGCUCAGCCUAUUUGUAAUGGAUUGCUGUGCCGUUUGUGUGGUAUUAAAACUGAGGACCCAAUUCCAAUUUUCAGCAAAUUUCAAGACAUAAGCCAGAAAAUCAGUAACCUAAUUCUUGUCUCUAUUACACGUGACGACCAGUUGUCCAAGCACAUUUGUACAGCAUGCAAUGAGAAAUUGGAAGCCAUUAAUGAAUUCAUAUCCGUCUGCAAAGAAACUGAAAAGAAAUUAUGCAGUAUAACAAAAUCGAGAAGCUUACUAAGGGUGAAGCUAAAACGUAAAGCUGAUGGAAACAGGGAAAACACUAUAAUAGUUCAAGAUGAUAUUGCAAUUUAUAAAUGUCCGAACUGUAAAGUCGAUCUGAGGAUAACGAGAACUGAUGAAGCCCAGAAUUGUUAUAAUGGGCCACAGGCUUCCCUUAUCGCAACUGAUGCAUCUACGUCUCCUAAUUCCUUUGUAAAAACUAUUAAGAACAAAGCUCAUACUUCACGAAGUUGUAGUGCCAAGAAAAGAGUUGGCACGAGAUUAGGAAAAGCAUCGGGGAAAUCUGCGAAUACAGGCAUUGAAGAAAAUCAUAUCAAUGAUGUUGAAGCAAUUGGUGCGACUGUAAAUAUUUUAACGCCAUUAAAAUCUACCAGUAAGAUAAUUUGCAACGUACAUCCCGAGGAUGACGGUUCCAGCAAUAGUAUAAGCUCUAGAGAAAAAGGAAAAAUGAAACUUCGAGAUAUCAGAAAAAGAGCGCCAGUCUGCAGUGCUGUUAACGACGUGGCAAUAACGAGAAAACUAGAAUCUGAUGCAUUAGAAAAAGCUUUGUUUUCCUCGAGUUCUGAUCUCGAAGUCCCUGGUAUAACUGGAGAAUUUGUAGAGCUUGAUGCUCUGGAAGACAGCAGCAAUGAGAUUAUGAGAAAACGCGCGAAAUUUAAAUGCGAAGCAUGCGAAGCGGAAUAUUAUUCCUAUGAGAGGUACUUGUUCCAUGUAGAAAGACACGGCACCAAAAAUUUUUAUGAAUUCGUAUGCAACGUUUGUAAGGAAGAAUUUUUAACAGAAGAUGAUCUGUGGGAACAUCAUCGAUAUCAUCACUCCAAUAAUUCUGAAGGUGGUGAAACUGUGUCUGAAAACGUAAACGCUUUACAGCCAGAGAAUAAUCAACGAUGUACAAAGUCAACUUGCGAAGAAUGCGGAGCACGUUUCGUGCUUCGCGAACGUUACGAGUUUCACAUGGAGAGACAUAAAUUGGGCAAUAUCAAGAUAUUUUCUUGCAUGAUUUGCGGUAAGCAAUUCAAGAGUGAAAACAUUCUUUGGGAUCAUUAUCAGUAUCAGCAUAAAUCUGGAGAACGCAUCGCUUGCAUGACUUGCAACAAGACAUUUGUGAAACGAGCUAAUUUGAAUUAUCAUUUAAAAACAUUCGGACAUAAAGGAGGAAAACGUGUGACCAGCCAGGACCAAAUUCGACAGACUGAGACCGACGGUGAUGUUAAAUUGUCAGAUAUCAGUAAAUCUAGGCCAAAAAUAACAUGUUCAGACUGCGGAGCGCGUUUCGUCCUUCAGGAACGCUAUGAAUUUCAUAUGGAGAGACACAAAACGGGAAGGAUGGAUGUGUGCCUAUGCAUGGUGUGUGGGAGGGAAUCUACAAACGAGAACGUGCUAUGGGACCACUAUCAGUACAUGCACAAAAGAACAAAGCGAUAUGCUUGUACAACUUGCGGUAAGCUUUUCCACAAGCAGUCGUUGUUGAGCAGACACCAAGUAAAGUAUGGACACAAAGGUUCGAGAGAAAUAGAUGUUGACACCGAUGGAAACGCCCUGGCCGUUGACAGCGCUGCUUUCAAAAAAGUAAUAGCAGAAGAGGUCGUUGAAAUGAAGUCUGUAAAUUGCGUUUUAUGCGGCGAAGUCGUUUGGGGUGUAGAUCCCAACUUAAUAAACGAUGCGGUAACUUGCGCGAGCUGCGAAGGACCCGGGCUCUCGUUGCAGGUAGAUUCGGACGGAGCUAAAGUAAUAUCUCGGAGGCAGUAUCACUGCAACAUGUGCAACAAGCAUUUUACAACAAAAGAUAGACUGGAAUACCAUAUAAUGAGACAUUCUGAGAACAUGGACGAAUUCAUAUGCAGUACUUGCGGCAAGGAGUUGAGCACAGAACAAGCACUAUUCGAGCAUUACUUGUUUGUUCAUAAGGGAGCAAGGCCGCAUGUUUGCGAGUUGUGCGGAAAGUCUUAUCAGUUCAAAGCGAGGCUGAAGGAACACAUGAGGAGUCACAGCGGGGAGCGACCCUUUGCCUGUGAAAUCUGUGGACAGAGAUGCAUGACCAAUAACGCGUUGAGAUCUCACAAGAAGACACAUAUAACUGAGAAACGUUUUCCAUGUCAAAUAUGUAAGAAAGCAUUCAGAAAGAGGCAGGACUUGAACGAGCAUUUGGAAAGACAUUGGAAGAACGACAAGACGAUGAUGUUCCCCCAAGUUUUCAGCUGCACCGUCUGCUUCGAAAUGUUUCCCACGUUUAGGAUUCUAAAGAAACACAUGAAAGAAACACACAGAGUGAAAAGUCCGGACCCUAUAUUAACCGAUCUCCAACCUUGGUUCGAGUGCGAGGAUUGUCAUGAAAAAUUCAAGCAUCAAAUGUCACUGAAGGUGCACAGAGAAAGAAAGCACGAGGGAAAAAUGAGGCCAGUCUACCACUGCGACGUGUGUAACGUGACUUACAAAAAUGCUCGAGUACUCUCUAACCAUAUCAAGAACAAGCACGAGGGUGGCAAGCGGUACAAAUGCGCUCAAUGCGGUAAAGAAUACAACCAGUCAACGUCUCUGCACAAUCACAUCCUCCUUCAUACCGGAGAAAAACCAUUCAGCUGCGAGCACUGCGAAAUGACAUUCAGGACGAAAGAAUCCAGAGACCACCAUCAAAGGAAACACACCGGAGAACGGCCCUACAAAUGUCCACGAUGCGACAAAUCAUUUGCAACAACGACACAGCGUCGCGAACAUCGCAAACGUGAGCAUGACGAGGGCAAUACUCAUCACUGUCCAGAAUGUGGGAAAGCUUGCUUUGACGAACAUGGAGUAAGAAGUCAUUUGAACAUGCAUUUUAGUGAAAAAUUCAAGAAUACGCAAGAAAAUCAGACCUGAAAAAUUGGUGCUUAGGCAACAGAUAAAAUAUCCUUUAUUAGAUCAUUUCAAGUAUAUGAAUUUACGUUAAUUCUCAAAUUUUUAUACGAUAUUCGUCAAUCCGACUUGUUGGAUUAGUUUUGUAUAAAUUUCGCAGUACUAUAGGGGAUCAAAUCCAGAAUACAAAGGGAUUAUAAGAAAAAUAUUAGUGCACUCUAAUUCGACGUGCAGCGAAUUGUACUUAAUGUACAUGUUACAGUUAAUUUGGAAUUCGACUUUCCUCGUGAUAACUUAGUACUUGUAGACACAAUUUUCGACAAUCUUAUAAACAGUAUGUAUCAUUGUAGUAACUAAUCUGUUAUCUCGCGACCUGUGGCAAGGUAUUUGUAACAGUUGAUAUUGUUGUCAGGAUGAAAAUUGUCCUUGUAAAUAUAUAUGUGUAUCUGUACUUUUCCAAGUAAAAAUGAAUGCGUCAAGUUUUUUCUAAUUCGAUUUCGUCUUUGUCAGUUAAAUCGUAACGAAUGUAUCGAAUUCGAAAUUCUUCCACAGAUUGUCAGCUCGAUGAUUCGUCAAUCACGUAAUUAUUAUUCACUGGACUUUUCUAUUAGGCUGCAAAAUAAAGUAAUUUAAAGAAAUAAA